UGUGAGGCACAAGUUCUGUAGGCCAUUGGCUGAGCUGCAGCCAUAUUACAGCCACGGUGCACAGUCAUGUCCAGACACGCCACUAGUCUCCCUUUUCUCUCGCCGCCCACAUGAUUUGAUUGACGUGCUUGCGUCCAAUAAUAUUCCGCGUUUGAUGGGCGGUUCACGUGGGCACAUUCAGUCGUGAAUGACAUCUGAGUUGAGCAAUCGGCGAUUGCUUAGUAGACGAGUUGUUAUGAUUGACUUGACAAAGACGCUACCAUCUUGCAGUACAGGAAACUUCACACGUUUAACAUUUUUUACAGCCAAUACCAGUUUGGAAACAGGGUGGGUUCGGCGUUACCAAGGCUCGUCCGACGUCAAGUAUAAAGGGAAUAUCAUGGUGCCCAAGUGGCCAUGAAUGUUUACGUUAAGAAAAGACAACGGGAAGACUAGGCUUGGUGACGAACUAGCUCAAGAAAUUACUUUUUGAGCGUUGUUUUGUCACCACUUCCAUUGUAUUCACUCUGGGGUUUGGUAUGUGAAUGCCUCUUCACUGAUGAGACACUUUUACCAAUGGAAAAGGGGUUUCAGUUAGGAAAUGUGGGCAUUUCUCUGGUGCUCCUGUUGUUGCUUCGAGCUCUGACUGGGACUUCUGCAACUCAAGCCUCCAUCGACAAGGACACAGAACCCGACACGGCCGACGAUGGAGUUACGGAGCGAGCCCUGGAAAGCGUUCCGACCCCAGGAUAUGGGGACGUGACUGUUGAAGAUGACGAGAAUAGUGCGAAUGGAGAAACCGAGGAGGCACCUGGGGACAGCGAUGGAAGCUUCGACCACAAAAGGUCUUUGGUGAUCAUCAGUACUCUGGACGGCCGCAUCUCAGCGCUGGAUCCGUACAAUCGGGGCCAAAAGCAGUGGGAUCUGGAUGUGGGCUCCGGCUGUCUGGUCUCCUCCAGUCUCAGCAAACGAGAGGUGUUCAACAAGGUGAUGAUUCCGUCUCUGGACGGGGCGUUGUUCCAGUGGAACCGUGAGCGGGAGACGAUGGAGGCCGUGCCCUUCACCGUGGAGUCCCUGCUGGACUCGUCCUACCGCUUUGGGGACGACUCCGUCCUGGUGGGGGGCAAAUCGCACACCACCUACGGCCUGGGAGCCUACUCUGGAAAGCUGCAAUACAUCUGCUCAGCGGUGGGCUGCAGUCGCUGGGCUGGAGAGGAGACUGAGCCGGAGGACGUGCUUCUCCUCCAGAGGACCCAGAAGACCGUCCGAGCCGUCCGGCCUCGCAGCGGUGUUGAGAUGUGGAACUUCAGCGUGGGAACGUUUGAGCUGAAAUUCGUUCCCGAGACCCAGUCCACCCUCAACUUCCUGGAGGGGGAGAUUCCUGCCGGAGACACACUGCAGGGCAAACGCAAGCUGAUCGACGAGGCCGACUCGCACAUACACACGGACACGGACACGGACCUGGUCAUCAAGGUGUCCGUGCCCGACUGGAAGGUCAUGGCCUUCAGCACCAAGCCCGGCGGUCAGCUGAUCUGGGAGCACCAGUUCUGCACGCCGAUCGCUUCCGCCUGGUUGGUUGGCGGGGGGAAGGUGACGCCCAUCAGCCUGUUUGAUGACACGGCCUACACGUCGCAGAGCGACGAGGAGACCCAGAACGAGGAGGACGACGACAUCAUGGAGAAGGCUCGCGAAGCCACGGAGAGCAGUGUUUACCUUGGUAUGUACCAGGGGCAACUCUACCUGCAGUCCUCUGUGAGGAUCUCUGAGAAGUUUCCCUCGAAGCCCAAUGCUUUGGACCCGGCCAACCCCCAGCCUCUGCCCACAGUCCGAUGGAAGCCCCUCAUACCAGAUUCCCCAUCCCGUACUCCAGUGCUGGUUGGCUCAGAAGAGUUCGACAAGUGUCUGAACAACGACCGGUUUUCUCACGAGGAGUACAGCAAUGGUGCCUUGUCAGUGCUGCAGUACCCCUACGAUAACGGCUACUACCCGUACAGCGCACGCUUCCGUGAGCGGCGGGAGGUGUCGGUGGGCACGUUGACCGGGGGAGGUGAGGGGGGGUCGGGCCGCAGGAAGGACCCCGUGCUGCUGCUGCCCUGGUGGAAGGAGAUCGUGGGCACCAUCGUCUUCUGCAUCGCCGCCACCACCUACAUCGUCCGCAAGUUCUUCCACCCCACCGCCACACAAGCACGGCAGAGGAAAGAGUCAGAGACUCAGUGUCAGACUGACAGCAAGUUUGAUGUCGAGGAACCAGAACCCAAAGAGGUGGUUGUCACGGAAACACGUCCGAGUGAAUACAUAUCCAGGUAUCUGACUGACUUUGAGCCUCUGCAGUGCCUGGGACGAGGUGGGUUUGGGGUUGUGUUUGAAGCUCGGAACAAAGUGGACGACUGUCACUAUGCCAUCAAGAGGAUCAGACUCCCCAACAGGGAGGUGGCGCGUGAGAAGGUGAUGCGGGAGGUGAAGGCUCUGGCGAAGCUCGAGCACCCGGGCAUCAUCCGCUACUUUAACGCCUGGCAGGAGAGCCCACCUCAGGGCUGGCAGGAGGAGAUGGACACACGCUGGCUCAAAGACGCAAGUGUUGCCGACUGGCCGCUGAGUUCCCCGGAGCACCUGGAGCCGGUGUCGGUGAAGGUUCCGGUGUGGAACUCGGAGCGCUCCGACCCGCUGUGCGUGUGCGUGUGCGGCCCGGACGGCGACGCCAUCGUCAGCAGCGGCGGCGGCGGCAGCAGCCUGCGCACGUCCGAGCGGCAGGCGCGCGACAGCCUCAUGUCCGAGCACGAGAACGAGAACACACACACGCACACGCACACGCACACGCAGGACGCGGACGCCGACGAGGGCUCGGACUCGCCGCACUCGUUCGAGCUCUGCCCGCCGCGCUCCGUCGCCAUCCCGUGCGGCCUCGGGGCCAGCGCCGGCGACUGCACCUCCUCGUCCUUCGACAUCGUCUUCGAGGACUCGGGCUGCCACGACAACCGCGAGGAGGAGGAGGAGGACGAGGAGGAGGAGGAGGAGGAGGAACACAACGCCGUCAGCGCGCCGGCCGACUCCACCACCACCACGCCCCACGACAAGGCCGCGUCGUCCGGCCAGCACACGCCCAGCUGCCCAGCGUCCACCUCGCCCCCCCGGCCCUCCUCACUGGCCCUCGGACCCGCCACACCCCCCACCGCCGCCUGCCGGCCCCUGGCCACCCCCAAGGUCUACCUGUACAUCCAGAUGCAGCUGUGCCGCAAGGAGAACCUGAAGGACUGGAUGGGCCAGCGGGGGGCGCCAGAGCUGCGCGAGUGCCUCAACAUCUUCCUGCAGAUCGCCGAGGCCGUCGAGUUCCUGCACAGCAAGGGCCUCAUGCACCGAGACCUGAAGCCGUCCAACAUCUUCUUCACCAUGGACGACGUGGUGAAGGUGGGCGACUUCGGGCUGGUGACGGCCAUGGACCAGGAGGAGGACGACCAGGAGGAGAUGACCCUCACGCCCAUGCCAAUCUACGCCCGCCACACGGGCCAAGUGGGCACCAAGCUCUACAUGAGCCCCGAACAGUUAUCAGGGAACUCAUACUCUCAUAAGGUGGAUAUUUACUCUCUGGGCCUGAUCCUGUUUGAGCUCCUUUGUCCGUUCCGCACACAGAUGGAAAGAGUCCGGACUCUGACUGACGUGAGAGCUCUUCAGUUUCCUGCCUCUUUCACCAAGAACAAUGUCCAAGAGGCGGACAUGGUGCGUUCCAUGCUGUCGCCCAACCCUGCAGAGCGUCCAGAAGCGUCCGACAUCACCGACGCGCCGCUCCUCAACGAGUUUGAGCUGCCCUGCAGAAUCCGCCAGCGCUCGCGAACCUACAGCGCAUCUUCUGCUGGAAGACCCUCUCGCUCCUCACACACAUAAACAAACAAACAAACAAACAAACAAACAAACAUUCAAACAAACAAACAUUCAAACAGACAGACAGACAGACAAACAAAUACACAAAAACACACACACACCAUCUGAAAAAUAUACACAUUCACAUUUUUCACAUUUCAGUUGCCCUCCAGGAUUUGACUACACUAAGAGACACAACAUUCCAUAUGAAGGAAUAUGGACUUGUAUAUCACACACACACACACACACACACACACACACACACACACACACACACACAUAAAAGCACUGCCCUGGAGGCUGUGCUCUUUUGACCACAUUACACUUACACACAACAACUUAUGGAUAACCAAUACACACACAAACACACACACACACACACACACACACACACACACACACAAUCAUGCAGACAGACUGCCUUUGAUUGCUGCAGUCCACUUCUCCACCUCAGAGUGGGAGCUGUGAUAUCAGUCUUUUUAUCUGCCUGCAUGAGGAAGUCGGACGCAUCUCUCUCUCUCUCUCUCUCUCUCUCUCUCUCUCCCUCUCUCUCUCUCCUCUCUGAACUGUUUCUCUUUUUUUUGGACACGGGACCUCUUUUUCUCUUCAGAGUGUAAAUAAGUCAAGACGACAAUGCGCACACACACAAAGGCGCACACGCGUGUGCGCACAGACACGCGCACACACACACACACUCGCACGCAGACUUAUACACGCUUAACACGGAAGAUGCAGCCUCCUUGUGCGGAGGUAUGAAUGGCCUUGGAACAGUAGCUUGGAGACAUAAUGGGCGAAGCUUGAAAACAGAGACUUUCAGCAAAGACCUCUCACAGCCAUCCUAACCAAUGAGGACCUCUCUUACCUUUGACCUUGGUUGGGCUGUGGGAUGUGUGUGUGUGUGUGUGUGUGUGUGUGUGUGUGUGUGUGUACGAACGGUGUGUUCACCAAACGGAGCGUGUCGGCAGACUGCCAACACCAUGACGUUCAAAGUAUGUGAGUGUAUGUUUAGCUUUUAAUUCGGAGUGUAGGCAUUAUCGAAGUGGAGGCAUCGUCAUUGGUGGGGGGGAGAUGAUUUUUGAUGCCUUCAAACAAGUGUAUUCAAGGGAUCGCUGUGUGUGUGUGUGUGUUUGUGUGUGUGAAUGAGCGUACGAAUGAGUGUACGUAUGUGUAUGAAUGUGUACACCUGUGUGUUUGUGUGUGUGUGUAUCUGUGCGGCUUGGUCUGCACAUGUGUGUGUGUGUGCUCGCUUGUGUGUGAUGUUGCAAUGGCAUUACUUUGGAUCAGGACCGAAGAUCACAUCAGCUACCAAAUAUCGAAGCUGCCCUUAAAUUGUGAAUUACAUAAGUAAUUACUGUAAGUUUCUCUUUUUUUCUAAUACGGUCUUUCAUGAAGGAGAUCUAACUUGUAGAUUUUUGUAUAUUGCGGAAAACUUAUUUUCCUUAAACUGAUUUCUAUCAAAGGUUUGGGUGCUCUGAUGACCAGAAGUGAGAGGCUUUUUCUCGGACGAAUGCUUGAAAAUCAGGACAGACUGUGUGUUACUCAGAUAUGUCACUAAUUUCAUGUGUGUGCAUGGGCUGUGUGUGUGUAGGUUUACAUACAUACUACCAGCUGUGACUUGGUGCCAUGUAGCCCUGUCAGCUUUGGUAUCCACUUGGCCACAGUAUAAUUGGUAAACACACUUAAAACAAACACUCUUUGAACCGUCUGUAGUACUCACUGGACAAAGUCCUCACACGCUCGUGGCUACCAACUAUAACAGAGUAUCCAACAACAACAAGAAGAAAAUCACAGUAUAUCAUAGUGUCUCAAGAUCUUUAUGUACUACUUCCACUCGACUGACAGUUACAUUUACUGAAUCUGUUCAUAUCUUUCCAAACAAACACCGUUCAGGUUGGUUUUGCCUUGUUUUGCCAGAGAUGAGUUCCGUAUUGAGAAAGAUGAAGUUCAAAACUCAUUUUGACUGGUGUCUAUCCUCUUUCCAAAUCAAACCGUGACAAAGUGCUGUCCUUCAAUACCGGUAACUCCUCUCAAACCAUACGAUUGUGCCCAUGGGCUCCGUUCUCUCUCUCUCUUUCUCUCUCUCUCUCUCUCUCUCUGGCUAUCUACCUUGUAAAUAUGUUUAUUUGUUUCUAUUUAUGUUCAUUGCAGAAGUCAAUCCUGUGGGGUUGGUGGUUUAUAAAUAUUAAACAAAAAAUUAUAUGAAAAUGUGUUUCAGACGCUGGAGCGCAUUGAAAUAUUGUGACUUCUUAUAAGUCAGGAUUUAUUAAAAACAUUCUAUGACA